UAUAUGAUGCAUUAUUAUUCCGGAAAAGUUUGCGGCCGCAACAGCAACAAUUGCCUGCCUAAGUGUUUUAUUAGCCAUCGAAAACAGAGUUUGAGUUCGGUUGAGUUGAGUUGAUUGUCAGUUUUCAUACACAACGCUUUUUUUGUUAAGUGUGUAUUGAGUUUUCCUGAAUUGCCUUGCGGGUUUUAUGGUUAAGCAUGGCUACUAAUUUUGCAAUUGCCCAUGAGCUGUCGACAGAGCAGAUUGAAGAACUGAAGGAAGCCUUUCAUCGGUUCGAUUUGGACUCAAAUGGAUUUCUUUCGCCCAAGGAAAUGCGAUUGGCUUUGCUUUCUGUGGGUCACGAGAUCACCGAAGCGGAGCUCUACGAUUUCAUCCGAUCGGUGGCACCGCAGGGUGAGCAAUUGACUCUGCCCAGAUUCAUUCAGAUGAUGGCUCCCCGAAUGGCCGACAUGAAUAGUGAAGAGAAUCUGGAGCGGACAUUCGAUCUUAUGGAUCGCGAUCACGAUGGGUACAUCAACAACCAGGAUGUGCGUGCCACCAUGGGCUUACUGAUGGGAGCAGCCUUAAGCGAUAGCGAUAUCAAGGACAUCUGCCGUGCCGUCGACAUGGAUGGCGAUGGUCGCAUAAGCCGGAGCGAUUUCACCAGCUUUAUGCGCUCCCCCAUAUAAACUUGGCCCGCGAUAAAAAUUUUUAAAUUCCCCGUGUCAAAUGUGCAGAAAAACCCACACAGAAAACAAUUAAAAAUUAAAUUGAAAAACAAAAAUAUGUUUACAAAUUAUUAAAUUGACCUUUUUAAUAAUUUGUAAAAAAUAUUUUUGGCUUUCAAUU